AUGGAGUCUUCCACGAUAACUUGGUCGCUGACUUGCUUCUCAGGAUUCUAAAGGCUCCUCUGGCAAUUGCCGAAGCUGUUGCUGCGGACGACAAAGAGUGGGUGAAAUCUGUUUCUCAGUAAUAGUUUCUUCACUGCCCAAGUAAAAAAUAGUUAUUAUUAUAGUAUUUCAUAAAAAAAAAUAAUAAAAAGAGCGAUAUCAGUUCUCCAAAUAGUCGUUGGUGGUUGAAUUGAACUGGUGCCAAGAACCGCGUACGCACACGCUACGCGCCCCUCCCACUUCUCCGCCUCCCUCGCCUUUCAAGUCGGGAAAAUUUGACUAUACUUACUAUCUCAAGAAUAAAAAAUCCUGCUCAGAAAUUCAAGCGAUUCAAAUGAUGUUUCAGUGGAGCACCGAUUGAGCUGCAAGUCGAUUUCUCGGUGCCGGAGGUCGAAUUAAUUUGCGAAAAGAGCAAACGAGCUUUUCUCCAAGCGGAUGCCCUUCUUCGUAUCAACUCGUGAGGCUUCAAGUCGCCAGGAAAUCUCUUUAAUUUUAAGAUUUUUUAAGUCUUGUUCUUUUAUGCUCUUUUUUCAUUGAACGAAACUUUUCUCUUCUUAGUUUUAGUUCUGAAAGCAAUUAUCUCUUAAUUUUAGUUCCAGAUGAACUUUUUUUAGAAUAUGAAUAUUCUAGAAUAUUUCUUUCGGCGAUACCUCGACAAAUAUCAGCCAGAAAAAUUGAUUUUAUUUAUUAUAUAACGUUCACGUUCGCUUUUUGCGCGUCGAUUUUAAUGCAUCACGUGCACUGCGUACAACACAUUUUAUUUUACGCCUUCAAGAUGGGUGUGGCGUCGAUUUGGUGUCGCCGUGUUAGUCUGAAAUUUUCAGUAGUUAGGUCUCGAAAAAGCUGAAAACAUUCAAUAAUAGUCAAUUUUUUCCCGAAUAUGAAGGCGAGUUGGGUAGAUUAAAAAUAAUGAAGCCUUCCGUAGGCGCCGCGGAUUUUUUGUCGAGGACCUCCACGUCAAACGCAUUCAUGGAAAGAUGUAGAAAAUGAUUUUUUUGAUCAUUUUAAUACUUUUCUCAAUCAUAAAAAAUCUUGAAAAAUUACCGAAAAGGAGGAACCAUGAAAAGAACGUGACUAGCGCUAGAUCUAAAGUUUCCCGCCAAAAAGCCGCAACGCGUACGCAACGCAUCACCCUAGCCCAUCCACCCAUCUCGCCUUUCAAGUCGAGAAGGAUUGCUGAUGCUUGCAGCGAAGGCUCGAUAAUCGUUGUGGCAGACCUGCACGGCCAGGUCGUGCACUUGCUCAGGAUCAUCCGCACUUGCGGCUUUCCGCCGAAUCAGCGCUACUUGUUCCUCGGAGACUACGUUGACCGUGGAGCGCAGGUUCGCGCCCAAAAGUUUCUCGAAUCGUUGGUCGGCUUCACAGGGAGUCGUCGCCAUGAUACUGCUGCUGUGUCUCCGGUUACGCUACCCUAGGCACGUCUUCCUGCUCCGAGGGAACCACGAAGACGUUAACACUACUCUUAACUAUGGAUUCUACGAUGAAUGUCUGAGUCGCUGGAGGGUCGACGGUGACGAAGUAACUCACGGGGAAAAGGUCGGCGACUUUUUCGGGUCGACAAGAUUUGCAAAAAGACGCAAAAGUUGAAGCUUCAAAAGCUUGAAAUAGCGCUUUUUUUUGUCAUAAUUUGCGUGUUUUGCGGACUUUGAAGCUUCAAAACUCGGAAACAAGAUCUAAUGCGAAAAGUUUGGUGAAAAACUAUCCUUAGUAAGUUCAAAAAAAUCAAUUUCCUAUCAAGAAAAAGCACUAAAAAAGUUCAAAAUUAACGGAAAGGUUGGCAAAAAAAAAACUUUUCGUCACUCAAGAAGGUAGGUCUACGACGCGUCCUUGUUCUAAGAAUUUUUUAGCCUUCACUUUUUUGCAGAAAUUUAGGAAAAAAAAACCAGAAGAGUGCAAAAAAGCCACCUAGUUUUAGGCAGAAGAGAUAUAAAAUUUAGGCUUGGAGGGCGUUUUUAUCAGCUUUUAAUAGCAUGCCGAUAGCCGCAGUUAUCGGGUCGCGAAUAUUCUGUGCACAUGGCGGCAUUUCUCCGUUCAUACGUUCUCUUGAGGACAUCAACAAGGUUUGUGACUUUUGAACUUUCGAAAACCCCCAAGACUAUACCGAAACUGAAGGUCACACGACCAGCAAUAGUGCCUCCCUACGGAAUCGCCUGCGAUUUGCUCUGGUCAGAUCCUUCGCCGCCCGGACAAUUUGGCUGGUCACUCAGUCACCGAGGUAAAAAGAAAUGAUACUGUAAGUGUCAAAAAUAAAUUUCUGCAGUAGAAAAUUUACUUAAUUAGAGAUUGCACAACUUACACUAGUAUUCUGAGAAAUUUUUGAAAAAUCCCUAUAGAGGUUAGGGGCCAAAAAAGUGGUCCCUAUAGGGGUAAAAUCGAUGCGGCCCCUUUGGGGUUCAUGGUCUGAUCCAUUAGUCCCUAUAUUGAACUACGGCUCAGUAUAUUUCGAACACAAUCGAGAAUUUUGCAGAAGAUUUUUCAAAAAAAUGAAUUUUUGCACUUUCGUGUUUUGUUUCUAAAAAAAUUGGCAAUUUAACCGUUCUCGCGCCCUUUUUUUAUAGUUUUUUUUUUUGAAACCAAGCGGAUUUUGAGUUUUCCUGUGAGACCUCCUGGGAGCUCUGAAAGGUCAUUUUCCUUGGCGUCUGGAAAUUCCCAAAAAAUUGGUCAGAACGCUUCUUGAUGUCCCAGAAAAAAGGUUCUGAAAGUCAGCUCUCAAAAAUUAGGAAGCUGUGCAGCUCGAGACUCUUAGAAUCUCUUUCUGGUACAUCAAGAAGUGUUCUUGCCAACUUCCAGAAAAUUUCCAACCGAAAAAUAAAGUGACUUUCCUUAUCAGGGAGACUAACUUUCCAUUUGCAGGUAUCUCAUUCACUUAUGGUUCGAAAGCAGUCGAAGAAUUCUGCAACGAGCAUUCUUUAUCCUGUGUAAUUCGUGGACACCAAAUAUUCAACGAAGUGUUUCUCCGUCUCAAAUCGGACACUUUAUUUUUCCCAGAUGUAUCGUUAUGGCUACGUUCUCCGGUGCAACGGGCGGCUUGUUUCAUUAUUUUCGGCUCUCAACUACGAAAAUUAUAAAAACAAUGCAUGUGUCGCCAAAGUCACGUUUUCAUCUACAGUUACUCACCAGCAAAAAAACGCCAGAAAUUUGAAAAUUUUCAGUGUUCUAUUGAAAUGAUCAUCUUCCGAUGCAGACAUUACGCUCACCCCAAAAGAGUUUCUUCUUCAAUGGAACUUUCGGAAAAUAGAAUAUCUUUCAGAAAGAAACGAUGGUCUACAAGGAAAAAUCAGCUUAUUCUCAAAUGCGCACAGAGAGAGAAAAAAAUUCCUCUUCUUUGAAACAGUUGAGACUUUUUGCAAUGUUUUAUGAGACAAUGAAAUUUGAGGAACCUGGCGACGGCGAAAAGCAAGAAAAGUUUGAGACAAAAACCGUCCACCAGUAUUACACGGAAAGGUCGAAAAUGA